GGGAACAAAUGUCCAAAAAGAAAAAGGGCUUGUAUUUCAUAGAAUAGAUUCUCGAUUAUAAACAAUAUCAAGGAUAAAAAUACUAUCUUAUUAAAUGGUAAGGGUAUAACAAUAGAGAUUGUACAUGGGAGAAACCAGAGAAGAUUCCCAAUUUGCCUUAAUAUAUAAGUCAAUAUGAAUAGAAUGUCAAAAAUUUAGGAUCCAAUUUUUAUCAUAUUGAAAAUGAUGAACCACCUUUACUAGAAGAUUUUAUUGGAGUCCCAAGUCAAUAAAAAUAAUCUGUAUUGCAAUAAUAAUAAGAAUAAAUUAAGAAACUAUAAGAUUAAGUGAGUUUAUUAAAACAAGAAUUAAACCAAGUAAAAAAAUAGUAAGAAGAGAUUAUAUAGUUGAUAUAGACUCUUCCUUAAGAAAAGAAACCAUAACAAUCAAAUUAAUAACAGGAUUCUGAGAAUAUCUAGGAUUCUAUUUCUGAAUUAUCUCAAAAGAAUACUGAGGUUAAAUUACCUAAUGAAGGAGGAUUUGAAUAUGGAGAUCAAUUGGAUAAAAUAGGAUAGGCUGCAUAGAUCAAAUAAACAGGCAUCAAAAUGUAUUAUUUAUUAUGGCAAAAGCGAUCUAAUGGUAUUCUUUAAUUAAAUAUAUUAGGUAUAAUUCCUAAAAAUCGAUGGGUGAACAGUGAAUAUCUAUAAAAAUAUGAUAUCAAGUCAUUGUGUUACUAUCUAUAAAAAAAAUUAUAAUGA